UGUCACAGAGAAGAAGGAAGCUGCGUACAGUACCCUCUGAACGCUUGUUUAAACUGAACGCUGACAAGUUGUGGUAGUUUUUCCGUAAAACGCACAGAAGUAAGUAACGUCAUGGCAACAGAAGGAGAGCCGACAGACUUAAUUAAAGUGCUGCACCUUCUGACUCUCUCGUUUACCUGGGGCAUGCAGGUCUGGGUCUCCUUUAUUGGAGGUUUUGUUCUGGUGCGACAGGUAACACGUCACACCUUUGGACUGGUCCAGAGUAAGCUGUUUCCUGUCUACUUCUACUGCCUGCUGGGAAGUAACGUUGUCAGCCUGGCAGUGUUUGCUGUCUACCACCCCAGGGAGUUACUGGACUGGCAUGAAAGUGUGCAGAUGUUGAUGUUCUUUGUGGCGCUGACCAUGGCGGGGUUAAAUGGACAGUGGUUCGGCCCAGCAGCUACAGAGGUGAUGUUCCAGAUGAGGGAGGUGGAAGAGGAGCACGGCCUGGGGAACCAGGUCGGCCUGAGCAGCCAGAAAGAGGCCUACGCUAAGCUGAGGGAGCAGGACCCAAAGUACAGAGCCUACAGGAGCACGUUUGGGCGAUACCACGCGUUGUCCAGCAUCUGCAACCUGAUAGGGUUCAUCUGCACCACAACAAAUUUGAUUUACACCGCUCUGAAUCUGUCCACCAUUUAAAGAUUGUAUUAGGCAACAUUUCAGGUCUUCAGAUCUUCAUCGUAUGUCUUGGAUGAAGAUCUGAGGACUAUAAGUCAUAGUAGUCAACAAGAUGUUUUUAGAAUGAGCAACAAAAAAAAUGAACAAGUGGGAUUUUGUAGAUUUAACUACCCUGUGUUUUUCAACCUAAGUGUCUUUAUGUGCAAGGAUCUAAAGCACUCUGCAUCAAAGCAAAGCAAGAUUAGAUGAAACGUGUGUUUCAGAUGUAGUGAAGGUUCACCUCAAACAUUGUAGAGUGAGAGGUGGAAGUAUGGAAAGCCAAAUGAGACAUAAUUCAUGCUUUUUAAAUGCCAUCUGGCAUCUAARAAACAGAGUUAAGUGCAUUCCUGGGCAUUUUAAUUAUGAACAAAUAUUUUAAGGGAAACAUUCAGCUAAUUCUAAAGCUUGGUGUUUUUUUAUGUUUUGUGCAUUUUGGGUGUUCUUUUUAGAUUAACAGAUUUCAUUCUGUUUUGUUUUGCCAUCUAUUUUGCAUCAAGCUGAAGUCAAGUWCAAAACAACAGGAACAAGUUUUUUUAUUCUAUUUCUUUUAACCAACGAGAGCGAUGCCUUUUACUUUUAGAGUUCAUCAAAGUUUUAGUUUAACACAUGGUGUAUAGGGUUUACAGGUCAAAUUGGAUAAAUAAAACUGUACUUUUUUUCUUUUUAGUUUUAUUGUAAAGUUGCAAAACCCUAUACUGCUAUGUAUGAAUCGCUAGGAGCCUCCCGCCAGGGUGGUUCAUUCUUCUGUCUCUGCUUCAAGAAAGUUGUUUUAUGUUUGAAAGAGGUGGAGAAAAUCGUGUUUAUUUCGUUUCCCAAUUGUACCAAACCCUUAAACUGUGACAUGCUGUGACGUUUGUGUACCGUUACCCCACUACUAAAGUUGAUAAUUAGAUAAUAAAUAAAUAAAUAAACUAAUUUAUCCAUUUUCUAUGAACAGUCACAAAGUAAAAUGUAAUUUAUUGUUCUUGAACUGAUCACAAUUAAAUAAUCUUUUUUUUUUCUGUAGCACAGAGCCAGACUGUUCUGUUGUAGUUACCUUUUAUCUCCAACAGGAGGCAGUAACACUUCAUUUUUAGAUUUCUUGAUUCUCAGUAUUAUAAUAAAAUGUGUUUUAUUGUCAAAAUAGUUGCAUUAUCAUUGUGAUUGAAAGAUUAAACAGAGCUUUUCUGACC